GAUACUCGGUUUCAUUGAACUCCGAGAAAACUCCUCCCACCCGCGUGACGCGUCCGUGACGUGCCGGCGUGUAUAAAAGACAAACGAAACGCCGUAAAACGCCGAAAACGACCAGCAGUAGAACAACUUCGGGACCUGAAGGCAUGGCAGCGACGCAGGGGGCGACCGGCAAACCUCAGUUCGGCCCGUGGCUCAUAGAGCAGGUGGAAAGUGGGAGAUAUGAGGGAUUGCGCAUGAUAGGCGAUGACAUCUUUCAGAUCCCCUGGAAACACAACUCGAGAAAAGACCUCGGGGACGACGACGUUAAAAUAUUCAAGGCAUGGGCUGUGGUCAGCGGGAAGAUCAGCGAGCACCCCAACGACAAAGCCAAAUGGAAGACGAACUUCCGUUGCGCGCUUCACAGUCUGAAAAACUUUAAGAUGUUAGAGGACCACUCCAAAGAUCAGGACAACCAACACAAAGUCUAUCGCAUCAUCCGUCCUCGAAAUCACCAAGAGAUCCAGAGUGCAGAGCCACUUCAACUCCCGUUCAUUCCUCAGCCCUACUGCGUGCCUAACUGCAUCACCGAAGAGGAAUUGCUCAACCAGGUGGAGACCAUGGAUAUAAAUUAUCAACCAGCAGAAUCCCAACCGUGGGAAAACUCUUCCCACCAAAACAUUCCAGCCACCUCAAGCAACUACUAUGAGACCGCUCAGCCCUUUCAGAACAACACGCCUGCCCCAGACCAGCAACCCUACACUACAGGUCAACAAUGGAACCUCCCACCUGUCUGUGAUCUAGAGAUCUCGAUCAACUACAGAAGAACGGAGGUUUUUAAAACUCGCCUGUGUUCGCCGCUCGUUCAGUUUCACUAUCAGUGCGACCCGACCGAGCUGAGAGGAGAGCCGGUCCGCUUCCCGUCCACCGAGGUUCUGAUCGAUAAAAAACAGAUCGAGUUCACCAAACACAUACUGGAGAGCAUUCAGAGAGGCCUGCAGCUGGAGGUAAACCAAUACGGCGUCUACGGCUACCGCCAGGACAAGUGUAAAGUCUUCGUCAGCACCAGCGACCCGUCUGAGAUCCAGAACCCAGAGCCUAGAAAACUGCCUCAGAACACCAGAGUGCUUCUUCUCAGCUUUGAUAAGUACAUAAGAGAUCUGAAGGACUUUCAAGAGAACAGACGGGGUUCUCCGGAGUACACCAUCUACCUGUGCUUUGGAGAGAAGAUUCCGGACGGAAAACCACUGGAGAAGAAGCUGAUCACCGUCAAAGUUGUACCUCUGAUCUGCCGCGAACUUCACGAGAGAGCUCAAAUAGACGGGGCGUCCUCCCUUCACAACGAAAACAUUAGCUUGCAGAUCUCCCACAACAGCCUUUUUGACCUUAUAAAUUCUUUGGGGUUGCCCUCGGUGGCAUAAAGCAGCCGUUUCCUCCACGGAAUCAGGCAGAUAACAUUAUUUUCCACGCACUCCGACAUAUAUAGAGAGAGGAAGAGAGAACAUCGUUUCGUUACUGUUGUACUUUGGCACAAUGCAAACUGACAGAACUUUCCCGAGGUGAUUUCUGCGGGGGAUUCAGAGGUCUUGUAAUUACUCUGGUCGUUUUAAUAGCAAUCUCAAUGAAACUGUAUUGUUCUAAUUACCUGAAACACUGUCUUUUUAGUUUCUAAUGAGAGCUAGUCCCUCAUUUUAAUAUCCUGUCUUCAAGUGAAGAAUCUUUCACCUUUCGCCCAAAGGGCUGCGCUUGUAUCGCUUGUCUGUCGCUUUAUGUCUGUGAUAUAAAGUUCGGUUUAAAAAAAAUUGCACUAUUAAUAGUAAAAACUACUGUUUGUACGGGUGUUGUUUUAUUAAAUGAUGACGUCGAUAUGUAAAGACGGACUACGUAUAUAAAUGUUAUGCAUUUAAUUGUUAAUAAACAUAUGAAAGGAAA